AUGCAUUCAUGUGUGUGCAUGCUGACACUUGAAGCUGAACUCUCGGCUCUCCCCUGGUUGCUCAAGCAGCCGCGGCGGCUCCGGGGCGGCGGGGAGGGCGGCGCCGCCAGGGGUGUCGCCCGGCGGGCUCCCCGGGGGAGGCGCCGCCGGCGGAGCUGGGGACCCCCCAAGGGUGCUAGUUGGGCCGCGCUGCGGAUCUCGGUCCCCGCCGGCGGGAAAAGCGAAAGUCUGCAGCCGCCAAGGCUCAAUCCCGGGUCCGACGGUCUCCGGGGCUGCCUGGACUCCCGCCCCGUCUCGUCCCCGCAGGUGGGGCCCGGAGCCGUGCGACCUGCCCGCGCCUGCACGGGCAGCAGCUGCAGCAGCGCUGGGCGGCGCCCCGGGCCCCUCUCCCGGGACCCUCGCCGAGAGAAGGGCUCCCCACGUACCCGUACCGGGUCUCCAAGCGGGACCCCACCCCAGCCCCGCGCCCGGGUCCCCAGGUGCUGCGACCCCAGCGCGCGCCCGACCGGGACCCCCACCCACACAGUGCCCGCGCCUGGCCCUGCCUACCGCUCCGGGGAGGCUGCCGCCGCCGCCCGGUCUCCAGGGCCGAGGAGGCUUCCCGCCGCAGGGAGCGAAGUCGCCUCCUCCCCGCGGCCCCGGCGCCAGCGCUGGAGCCUGGUGCCUGCUGCGAGCGCGCAGGAUACCCGAGCGCGACUUCUGUGCAAAGAAGAAAAUGCAACCGAAGGCUUUAAAGUGAAAAAGGAACGCGCUAGGGGCGGGACCACCCCGCCCCGCCCCGCCCCGCCCCUCUUCUUCUUGCCUCGCCCCGCCCCCCCGGCUGGGGUUCAGGCGGCCGCGCGGGGGGCGCAGUGCGCUGCUGGGUCCGAGGCUGGGGCGCGGGGCGGGUGGUGUGUCACGUGCCCGGCGGUCGUUCCACAGCUUAUGCAGCCGCCGCCCCCCUCCUCUGCCUGCGCCAUCGCCCCACCCGGAGGCCAUCGGGGCGCUCCGGGCGGCGCCGAAGCUGUGGUCCCUCCGGAGGCGUCUUUGGGAAACGCUGGGCAGCCUCCGCUGGGUAAGAGGCCUUGGUUGCAACACCCGGAGGGCUGCAGCGGUGCUGGGCCAGCCUGGGCGCGGGGGAAGAGGGAGCGGGCGGGGGUUUACUAA